UUUUUCCCUUCGCCUCCCUUCUUCUUCUGCACCCACAACUCAAACCAUAUCUCAAUGCCACACGAAGACUCGGCGUCGGAGACGUCGCGGCUGCUUCCUUCUGAAGCUUCCACACAAUAUGGAAUGACGGAUACCGAAUCCGCGGCCCAAAAAGCUGGAGAAGAGAAGACGACCGCCGCGUUGCUCUCGGUGCUCCUGCCAAUGGGCAUAGGGGUGUUCUUCUGCGCGAUGGACCAGACAAUUGUCGUGUCUUCUUACGCGGCCAUCGGAAAUGAGCUUGAGCAGCUGCAGAUGACGAGUUGGAUUGCGACGGCGUAUAUGCUUACGCUCACAAGUUUUCAACCUUUGUACGGAAAAAUGAGCGAUAUAUUUGGCCGAAAAGCCUGUCUACUGUUUGCAUACACGGUUUUCGCGUUUGGGACACUGUGUUGUGGUCUAGCGAGGACAAUGCCUGAGCUCAACUAG